AGGAAACAAAAUCUUCACACUGUAAAAUGGCAGAAGCCAAUGUUUCAUUGGCUCAGGAUGAGUUCAGCUGUUCAGUCUGCCUGGAUCUCCUGAAGAAUCCAGUUACUAUUAACUGUGGACACAGUUUCUGUAUGGCGUGUAUUAACAAGUGCUGGGAUCAGGAGGAUCAGAAGAAGAUCUACAGCUGCCCUCACUGCAGACACACCUUCACCUCAAGACCUGUCGUGAGUAAAAACACCAUUCUGGCUGAGGUGGUGGAGAAACUGAAGAAGACGAGACUCCAGGCUGCUCCUCCUGAUCACUCUUCUGCUGAUCCUGAAGAUGUGGAGUGUGAUUUCUGUACUGGGAGAAAACACAAAGCCGUCCAGUCCUGCCUGGUGUGUCUGGCCUCUUUCUGUGAAGCUCACCUCCAGCCUCACUACCAGUCUCCAGCCUUUAAGAAGCACAAGCUGGUCAAAGCCUCCAGACGACUCCAGGAGCAGAUCUGCUCUCAGCACGAUAAACUGCUGGAGGUUUACUGUCGCACCGACCAGCAGUGUAUCUGCAUGCUGUGUACCAUGGAUGACCAUAAAGCACAUGAUACAGUGUCACUUGCAGCAGAAAGAUCUGAGAAACAGGUCAGUGUGUAAAUGGAGUAGCUACUCCAGAU